CGCGCUUACAUACACAACUACUAUGUAACAGCCACGUAAUAUUCAUCCACGGGGGUUUACGGGAAUAAAUAAUUAUUAUAAUCGACGGAGUUUUUAAAAAAUCAGAUAACCAGAUUGCACGCUGGUUGUGCAGUUGUAGUUCACAAUGAGCAUGUUUCUGCAAAGAGCCAAUAUUCAUAUCCAGUUGCCCUGCAGGAUGGCAUUUCCUGUAGAUAUUCUGACAAAUGUGGAUCAUGAGACCUUAGAGCUAACAGCUGAGGAAUAUAUGUCUCAGCUCCCCUACAGAAACACAGAGUUCUUCAGCCCCUCUGAUUCCAAACAGAUAGAAAUUGGACUCUGCAAUGUGAGUUUUGUCCCUCUUUAUGGAACAGAUACUGAAAAAAAGCUCCUUGCGUUGUUCUCACCUGAUGACUUUAACACAGUUGUAGGUCUAUAUUUGCUGGAUCGGUGGUGGCGGUUUGAAGAUGUUCUUAAAACAGCAGAACCCUCAAGAACAGGCCUGAUCAAGGUCAGCACCCUUGGGGAAAGGAUAGUCCUCUAUGUUCUCAACAGAAUUGUGUUGAGAAAUGAGAAGAGCAGUGAAGAUGUUUUCUUUCUUUGUCAUUGUGAGCAUGAAGCUGCAAAAAUACUAUGGAAGGAUGGAGAGGCCAUUGGCUUUUACUCAUUCAAACCCAAAGAUAGCUUAUGCAGAAACUUCGUGACCCAAUGCUAUCAACUUCCUGUAAUGGACACAAUAUUUGUCAGGAAGUGUCACCGGGGCCAGGGUCAUGCCAUAAAGAUACUGGAAGACUUUGUUAGUAGCUUCAGAAAUGAGUACAUAGGGUUAAAAUUUCCUCUUUCAGAAGCUAUGUAUAAAGUUUGUGAAAAGUACUUCAGUAUAUAUCCAGCAGACAAGGAGUUUCUGUGGGAAGUAGAGAAAAUAGGAAGCCCUUUCCAGAGAACUCUAAUAGCCAACAGGCUACAGAAGUUGAAGCUAAAGGAGAAGGACCAGGUUGUGAGCAAACUGAAUUUUGAUGAAGAUGAUGCCGCUGCUCCAAUGGAAAUUGAGUUCACAAAGAUUCAGGAAACCACUGAAUAUACAGUGGAGAUUAAAGAACAUCAGAUUACAAAGGUUACUGGGGAAAUCCCACUUAUAGAAACAGAAGCUGAGGAGGAUGUAUUAGAAAACAGAGUUGAAGAAAUUAAAAAGAUGGAGAACAAGGAAGCAAAUUUAGCUGGACAAAUGGAUAGUGACAUAGAGAUGAGCAGUCUUGCUCAGGAAGUACAUGUCCAGGAAGAAGAGGUGCCAGUCAGCACAGAAAGACAUCUCAGACGUAGAACAAUAAGAGUUCAGACUCCACUGAUAAGGAAAUCUAGAUGUGUACAGAAACACAAAGCUGAAGCAGCUGUUGAACAUCAGGAAAGACACACAGUGGUGAGCAAGAAUAAAACUGAUACAAUAUUGAUGACAAAAGAGAGAGAGGAUGAAAUGGAUCAAGAUGUCAACAAGAUGGAGAACAAAGAAGAACAUUUAGCUGAGCUGGAGCCAGUGGAAGAACCAAACGUGAGUAGAAAUGAAUAUGAAAAAACAUCAGCAAUAACAGAAGAGACUGUGGAUGUAUGUAUACCAAUUAUUACAACUGAGGCCAGUUUGGAAAGUCUUGAUGAAAUGGUAAACACAAAUACUGAGGAAACUGCAGUUCCAGAGAGCUCCGAACUAUCUUUGGGUGUAGAAAUAGAUUAUCAGGAGAAAGAAUUUCAGAUUGUUGAUGGUCCUGAAGAGAAGGCCUCACUUGUAGAACCUGACAAGGAGGUAGAGAAUGUUGAUGGUACUCCAGUAAUAAAAUUACAAAGAGCAACAGUAGUACUUGUGGAUUUGAGCAAUCUUUCCCAAAAUACAGAAGUAGAGGGUGAGGCUUCAGAAGAUCUGACACAUUUCCAAACGGAGGAAAAACUGGAACUGUAUGAAGAGCACAACAAACUCGAUAAAGAAGACAUGACAUUUGAAGAGCAAAAGCCAACUGAAGAUUUGGCCACAAUGCCAGCUGAGGGCAGCCUGGUCGAAAGCAAUAAAAUUGAAAACAAACAGAAUGAGGAUGAAGGGAUGAGCAGUCUUGCCCAGGAGAAUGCUGUUCAAGAAAAUUUAGAAGAGGAAGCACCAGUCAGCACACAGCGGAGUCUUAGACAAAGAACAAUAAUAGUUCAGUCUCCACCAAGAAGAAAAUCUAGACGUAUACAAAAACAAGGGGCUGAAGUUUUUGAAGAUAAAACUGAAAUAGUCCUAAUAACAGAAAAGGAAGCUGAUGAGGCUGACCAAGGUGUAGAAAUAGUUGAUAAAGAGAAACCGCCUCAAUCAUCAAUUGUAGAUGCUACUGAGAAGGUGAUCCCACUCGUAGAAGCAGAACCUGAAGAUAAUGUAGUAGAAAAAGGAGUUGAUGAAAUCAACAAGUUGGAGAACAAGGAAACAAAUUUAGCUGUGACAAGAGACACAGGUGAGGAGACACCUGAGGUGGGAGAAGAAGCCACUUUAGAGCAACAGCAAAAUGAGCCAUUGGUUAAAAAUGACAAAGAAACAACAGAGACAGAAAAAUCCAUGGAGACUGUCCCAGUGGUUGGCAAAGAGCAAACAUUCAUUGUAGGGGGGACCACCAUCCAAAUAGAGGAGAAAGUAUCACAGGUCUCACUGGCAGAAGCAGAACCUGAUGAGGAGGGAGAAAAAGUUGAAGAGGAAAAACUGGAACAGGAAUAUCAACUAUGUAAUCUGACAUCAGUAGAGGAAGAACAGCUAGAACAAUUACAAAAAGAGGAAGCUACUGAAAAGACCCCUGAGAAAGACAAAAUGGAGGAUGAAAACACAGUUGAAGAACAGAAUGAACCCGAUAAACAAGACGUGACAUUUGAGGAGCAAAAACCAACAGAAGAUUUGGAAGAACAAAAUGACUUAAAAGUAUCAGAGAUCGUAGAAGUUUAUAGGGCUGUAGAUGAGAAUGUGGAAGAAGCAGUAAAUUCUGGAGAGCAUCCUGAAAAAACUACAACAAUGGCAGAUGAAACAAAUAUAAUUCAGCAGGCAGAAAAAGAUCACAAUAUUACUUUAAAAGAAAAGCAAACAGACAGUGACAUAGAAAUGAGAACUCUUGCUCAGGAGGCACCAGAAACUGACCAGGAAGUCUUAGAAGAGGAGGCAUCAGUCAGCACAGAGAGAAGUCUCAGGCGUAGAACAAUAAAAAUUCAGUCUCCACCUAGAAGAAAAUCAAGACGUUUACAAAAACAAGAGGCUGAAGCUUUUGAAGAUAAAACUAGAAACUUCCCAAUAAGAGGAAAAGUAGCUGAUGAAAUGCAGGAAACACUUAAGAAAUCAACUGUAGAGACUACUGAGGUCAUCCCAUUUGUAGAAGCAGAACCUGAAGAUAAUGUAGUUGAAAAAGGAGUUGAAGAAAUCAACAAGAUGGAGGACAAGGAAACAAAUUUAGCUGUGACAAGAGACACAGAUGAGGAGACACCUGAGGUGGAAGAAGAAGCCAAUUUAGAGCAACAGCAAAAUGAGCCAUUGGUUAAAAAUGACAAAGAAACAACAGAGACGGAAAAAUCCAUGGAGACUGUCCCAGUGGUUGGCAAAGAGCAAACAUUCAUUGUAGGGGGGACCACCAUCCAAAUAGAGAAGAAAGUCUCACAGGUCUCACUUGUAGAAGCAGAACCUGAUGAGGAGGGAGAAAAAGAUGAUGGUACUCCUGUAAUACAACUGCAGAAAGCCACAGUAGUACUUGUAGAUUUAAACAAGCUUUCCCAAAAUACAGAAGGAGAGAGUGACACUCCAGACGUCCGAACACAUUCCCAGACAGAGGAAAAACUGGAACAGGAAAAAACAGAUAAUAGUGAAUAUCAACUAUAUAAUCUGACAUCAGAAGAGGAAGAACAGCAAGAACAACUCCAAAAAGAGGAAGAUACUGAAAAGACCCCUGAGAAAGACAAAAUGGAGGAUGAAAACACAGAACAGAAUGAUCCCGAUAAACAAGACGUGACAUUUGAGGAGCAAAAAGCGACAGAAGAUUUAGAAGAACAAAAUGACUUAAAAGUAUCAGAGAUCGUAGAAGUUUAUAGGGCUGUAGAUGAGAAUGUGGAAGAAGCAGUAAAUUCUGGAGAGCAUCCUGAAAAAACUACAACAAUGGCAGAUGAAACAAAUAUAAUUCAGGAGGCAGAAAAAUAUCACAAUAUUACUUUAAAAGAAAAACAAACAAACAGUGACAUAGAAAUGAGAAGUCUUGCUCAGGAGGCACCAGAAACUGACCAGGAAGUCUUAGAAGAGGAGGCAUCAGUCAGCACAGAGAGAAGUCUCAGGCGUAGAACAGUAAAAAUUCAGUCUCCACCAAUAAAGAAAUCUAGACGAGUAAAAAGACAAGAGGCUGAAGUUUUUGAAGAUAAAACUGGAACAGUCCAACUAACAGGAAAAGGAGAUGAAGAAGUGCAUAAAGAAGGAGCAGAAAUAGAUAAAGAAGAAACACUUCAAAAAACAACUGUAGAAGCUACUGAGAACAUUGUCUCACUUAUAGAAGGAGAACCUGAUGAGAAUGUAAUAGAAAAGGGAACUGAAGAAAUUAACAACAUGGAGAACAAGGAAACUAAUUUAGGGAAUGAGGCAACUCCUGAGAUGGAAAGAGACAAAGUCAAUUUAGAGCAACAGGAAAAUGAGCUAUCUAUUGAAAAUGAAAAAGAAACAGCUGAAACAGAAAAACCCAUGGGGAUGGAUGAAGUUUCAGUGGUUAUCAAGGAGCAAACAUACAGUUUAGAGGAGACCACCAUUCAAGCAGAAGAAGAGAUCUUGCAGAUAGACAGCUCUGAAACCAAUGAAAAUAAAAAUGAAAGGACCACAAGGAGAAGUCUAAGCAUCAGUUCACAAUCAGUCACAUCUACACAGAAGACCAGAAAAUCUGCACAUCUCCACAAAGCAGAGUUGGAACCAGUAAAAGAAGCAAAGAUGAGUAGAAAUGAAGAAACUUCUUCAAUGACAACCAAAACGGUAAAUGUCUCUGUACCGGUCACCAUUGAGACCAAUGUGGAAAAUCUUGAUGAAGAUGAAGAUGUGAGUAAAAGGGUGGAAACUACUUCGGAUGAGCAAGACAUAGACAUAUCAAAUGAUAAGGGAAGAGUGGAUGAAGCUUUGCCUGAAAUAUCUACAGAUGUUGAAGAAGAUGAAACUAUGACCUUAAUUAAAAUAACUGAAAAUGAAAUUUUGAGGGAAAUGGAUAAAACACAAAAAGAUGUAGAGGGGGGAGUUCAGGAAGAAGAAAAAGCAGUGCCUUCACAGGAAAACACAGAGCAGGAACAAGAAGAAGCAGUGUCACUGGGUGAAAAUGUGGGGGGAACCAAUCUGACAAAUGAAUUUAAGACAACAGCUGUGGAGGAGAAGGUUGCUUUAGAAAACUCAGAGCAAGAAGCAGCUUUCAUUACAAGAAGUCUCAGAUACCGAACAGUAACAGUCCAGUCUACACCAAGAAGUAAAUCAAAACGCCUCCACAGACAAGAGCUGGAGUCAGAAAGAGAAACUGAUUAUUUAAAUAUCCUUAUAGGGAAGGAGAAUGAAGCAUUAAUUGCUGAAGACAGCACUGCUGAAUUUGAAAAUUUGGAGACAAAAGAGGGAGAGGGCGUAAUUCAGACAAUUACAGAUGAAAAGUCAGAAAAAUCAGAGACAAAAGAUGAUACUAAGGAGGUAGGUAAUGAAAUUCUGUUUGAAAUCGUGGAAAGUAACAGUGGCAGCCAGGUAAAUACUGAACAGAACAAAUCUCAAGAAGAAAAUCUUGAGAGAGAAGAUAUGCCGGUGCCUAAUGAACAGGAGGAAGCAAAAUCACUCCAAGAAAGAGAAAAUGAGGGAGCCACAGAAGGUGUGCAAGGAAGUACUGCUGAUUUGGAGGAAACAGCAGUGGAAAGGAGAUCCCUGAGAAAAAGAAUGACUGUUGUAACAGUUGCGCCAAGAAAAUCCAAACGUCUUUGUAAACAAGAGCAUGAGGACGAUAGUGAGCAAGUCAAGGAGGCAGUUAUGGGACAAACUGACUCAGUAGAAAUGACAUUUACAGAAGACAGUGUAGAGCUGAGGUCAGAUGUAACUGCAGCAGUUUUUGAGGGCAGUAAUUUGAGUGAAGAAAUACUACAGAAAAUCCAGAAAAAUGCGCAAGGGGCUAAAUCAGAUGGAGACUGUAAUGUACAUAAAGACACAGAGCCAGAUGCAGGUGAAUCUCAAGACGAGCAAAAACAGAGUAGAUUAAAUAAAACCCAGGCAGAUGAGGACCAAGAAGAGGUUAUGACAGAUGAAAUAGUAGAGGAGGUGAUAGAGCAACAUGUAGAUCUUGAGUCCAACACAAAUGAGGGCUUCACGUUAGCUUUGGAGGUCCAGAAAACUUCUGAUCAAGAAGAAAACAAUGCAGACGAGGAGAGCAGAGUGGUGAUGGAGGCUCCAAAAGAGAUAUUCACAUCUGCAGAAAAAUAUGAGAAAGGUGAAGAAAAUAUCUCUGACGACGAUGAGAAAGGUCUUGCCAUUGGAAAGCAUGUUGUAGCUCUGAGUAGCUCAAUUACUGCGUCAACCGGACGAAAAUCAAUGAGGCUGCAAAUGCAUGAAUCCAAAACUAAGGAAGAUGAAUCAAAUUCUGAAUCAGAAGUAGAUCAAACAACGAAACAGAGACAUCAGAGGAAAAGAAGAGCCAUUACUGACUCAACAUCAGCACGCAGAUCAAAACGCCAUGUUAGGGCAAGAAUUGUUUAGCAGAUUAGUGAUUUGUGGCUCUUGAUUUAGUACAAGCCUCCUAUGCAUUGCUUAAAGAACCAACCGAUUAUAUACAUAAUGUGAAAUUUUCUAUUACAUUUUCAUAUGCAAAAUCAUGCAAACUAUAUUUGAUAUUUUUUUUUCUGAAAUAUUUGGGAUUUUAUAAAACAGAUGUUUCUUGAAUUAAGAUUUACUGAAAUAAGCAUGUUCAGUGUAACAUUUAGUUGAUAAAUGUCUAGCUAUAAUAUCUUUAGUUUAGACACUUUUAAAAAAUUCUAUAUUAUGCAUUGCAAAUUCAUUAUAGAGGUAGUUUUUAAUGUAUAGCACUAUUUUUAUAUUCAAUUAAAUGAAAAUGCAACAGUCCACUGCAUUCAGUUUGGUUCUGGAUUGGAUGCUAAAUUUAUCUAAUUUGUACACAGGUGCUCACACAGCAUAGGUGUUUUGUGUGAAACAUUUUUCCAAUGUGCAUUAUGUGCUUCUGUUACAUACCGUAUACCUUUCAAAUGUGAGUUUGUGACACAUUUUGUGAUUGCAUUUUUUCCAAAUUAUAGAGUGUCUGCCACAACUGCCCUUGUUUUUAUUGCCAAGAAAAUUCUUUCUAUGAAUUAUAUUAAGUCUUCUUUGAAUCUCACAGCAAUGUAUUUUGCAACUGCAACCUUUUUAGCAUUAUUUUAAUAUCUUUUAAGUAGCAAUAUUGUUUGUGAAUGUGUAAUGCUUAUGGGUUUGUUGUUUAUUUUACACUCCAUUCUGUUAGCAGAGCAGUUCAUGUAGCUUCACGUUUCAUCAAUGUUGAAAUGCAAGAAAAUAAUUACUUUUUUUUUCUUUUCUUGUGAAAAUAUUUCCCUGAACUGUGAUUUGUCAGUAAAUGUUUAAAUAAAGUCAUGAAUUAUCAAGGUCAUUUGAACUUAUUUGUGUCAGUUGUAUGUUGGGAUAGGCUUCAGCAUCCCCAUGACUCCUACAGCACAUAAAACAAGUGAUUUGAAAAAAGAAUGGAUCAAUGGAUGUAACAGUUGAUUCACACACUUACAGUAUUUGUUUGAUUUAUUUUUAUUUUUUCUCACAACCAUCACUCAUAACA